AUGCAGAUCAAGCCUCUCCUUCUCCUCUUUGCUGCUGCGGCCCCCGUUUUCGGUGCUACUACCGCGGACGUCGACGAUGUUGUAGCCAACGUUGAGGCCUUUGAAACGACAAAGGAAACCUACGAAAGUCUUGCCGAGAUUGCUGCCAAGGGCCGCGAAGCAGCUUCCGAGUCCUCGGGGCUCACGAAGCGAGCAUGCCCGCCCCAAUACAAGGACUGGGGCACAUGUAUUCAGGCCGAGGGCCAACAGUGCAUCCUGGGGUGCGUCGGGCUCAUCAGGCGUCCUGCGCAGCACCGCUCCUGUAUGCUCCGGUGCCCGAAUGUCUCGCUCAUCAACUGCGACCGUAUCUGCAACUGA